GAGGGGAGGCAGAGCCUGAAUGAUCUCAUCCCUUCAGCAGCUGCAUACCGCAACGAGGCAAAGCCGUAACUUUCUAUCAAACUUCCAAGUUGCCUUUCGGAAGAACACUGAGGGACAUUUUUUGGACUGAGCCCGAAGCGAACACGUUUCUUGUAGAGGUGAGGAGGCGUCCACCGCUUAGUUUUUGUGAGGGACUAAAACAGCAGCACCUUACGAAUACAGACAAAAGGAGGAAAACCGCGUUGUGUGACAUCCAAAAAGGAGAAAAGGGUUCUGGGUUACAAAUGGAUAAAAUGCUAAACAUCAGGAUUGCUGCAGCUAAGGAGGCAGUAUGCAAGCUUGAGUGCUGAGGAUAUCUCUUGCCUCUUGACUUGUUGAUUCCAACAUUCAUACUUGCUCAUGAGGUCAUCGAGUAGCACCCAGUCCCAGAAGCAGCCAUGCCCAUCUGCUAAGUGCCUUUAGCCUUUGGCACUGAUGUCAUGACCAGCCUGAAGCGCCCACCGAUGGAGUGCACGGUUGGAGGCUCCAUUCCUGCCACCAAUGAGUUUUACACUGGCCAUCUCCGACCAGUCAAUGGAGGGGCUUUUCCGGCUCGAACAGACAACUAUCAUGGCAGUGUGAACACAGGGAUGCCUAAAAUGGGCGUUCGAGCUCGGGUGGCCGACUGGCCCCCGAGAAAAGAUACUCCAGGAGUUCAGUGGCACUCUUCUGGUGAUACUGGGGCUGGCACCCCCUCUGUUAUUAAAAGUCACAUUAAGUUAGGCUCUGUUUUGAGCCCUCAUGACUCCUCUAUGCUUCGUAACAUCCACAACACCCUAAUGAGUCGAACACAUGCACCGCCAAACAGCUACAGCCCCGACAACCGUUAUUUGACCCCAGGUUACAGAGGCCCUGCGCACAAAAAUCCACGACAGAGACGUGUCCGUCAACGCAGUAACAGCGACAUGGCCAUCAGUGAGAUGGAGGGCAGUGGAGAUAGCGGAGAAGACUGGGCGCCAUCAGCGGGAGCUAAAUGUUCCCCUCUUCAUCGGGAAUAUGGCAGCACAUCAUCAAUAGAUCAACACGGAAUCGCCAAGGACAGUUUCUUUGAAAUGCUAAAGGGUUAUCAAGAGGACAAGGUUGACCAGCGCAGCCCUGCUCCAGAGAACCUAGAGGACAUUCUGAAUGUUGGGAUAAAGCUUCAGGAACUUCAGGAGGACGUCACAGAUGGACACCUGCUGAAACCCAGAGACAGGGAGAAGCCUCCGAAAAGACGCACUAAAUCCGAAACUGGAGGGGAGUCCAUAUUCCGGAAACUUAAGAAUGUACGAGGCGAGUUGGACUCCCCAAGAGCCGGAUCUGACGUGGAGGACAGUCGAAUGGAGGAUGCACCUCCUGCUCUAAAGCCCUGGGUCUGCCAGAAAGGUUUUGCUCACUACGACGUUCAGAGCAUCCUUUUUGACCUCAAUGAAAUUACUCUGCUUCGACAGAUGGCAGGAAAGAGGAAGAACACCACCACCGGAGCGUCCGCUGCUGCCGUAGCAUCUGCUACCUCCACACUGUCAUCCACCCACAGCCUGCCUUACAGCUCCCCUAGUGGCAGCCAAGAAGAGCUGACCUCCAGAGACAGCCCAGGCUUGGACACUGGAGACGAACAGAGCAACGAAAUGUUGCUGAGCUGCCCCUGCUUCCGUAAUGAGAUCAACACUGACGGGAGGCGGCGGCUGGGCGCAGGUGGGCUAGGUGGGACUGGGUAUCAUGGACCUGUGGGUGGUGGAGCAGGCAGCAGCAGCUCAGGAAACCUGACUGGAGAAGGUCACCUAUAUGAGACAUCUUUGAGCACACACUGCACUAAUGCUGGAGUAGCUGUUCUCGAGGGACCCAAGGAGGGACCAAGCACAGUCAGCGAAAAAGGCAAACAGUACAUUGUGGAGCAUGUGGAUCUAGGAGCCUACUAUUACAGAAAGUUUUUCUACCUUAAAGAGCACUGGAACUACUUUGGCAUAGAUGAGGCUCUGGGUCCAGUCGCUGUAAGUCUGCGCAGAGAGAAGCUGGACGAGGAAAAAGAUCGUGGGCAGCAGUAUAACUACCGCAUCAUCUUCAGAACAAGCGAGCUGACAACUCUUAGAGGUUCUAUAUUGGAGGAUGCAGUGCCUUCUACCUCCAAACAUGGGACCACAAGAGGUCUGCCCAUCAAAGAUGUACUGGAGUACCUUCUCCCAGAACUGGAUCUGUCCUGCCUCAGACUGGCACUCAACACCCCUAAAGUCACAGAGCAGCUGAUGAAGCUGGAUGAACAAGGGCUUAGUUUUCAGGUCAAGGUGGGUGUGAUGUACUGCCGAGCAGGACAAAGCACAGAGGAGGAAAUGUACAACAACGAGACAGCCGGCCCCGCCCUGGAGGAGUUCUUCCAGCUGCUGGGGGAGAAGAUCCGCCUCAAGGGUUUCACCAAGUACAGAGCCCAGCUGGACACCAAAACGGAUUCAACUGGCACUCACUCCCUGUACACUUCCUAUAAGGACUACGAGAUCAUGUUUCAUGUGUCCACAAUGCUGCCUUACACGCCCAACAACAAACAACAGCUGCUGAGGAAGCGCCACAUUGGGAACGACAUUGUGACCAUUGUGUUCCAGGAACCGGGAGCUCACCCUUUCACGCCCAGAGCCAUUCGGUCUCACUUUCAGCAUGUCUUCAUCAUUGUUCGGGUGCACAACCCCUGCUCUGACAGCACAUGCUACAGCGUUGCCGUCACCCGUUCGCAGGACGUUCCCUCCUUUGGUCCACCAAUCCCAAAGGGAGUUACCUUCCCAAAGUCCACUGUUUUCCGGGAUUUUCUGCUGGCCAAGGUCAUCAACGCUGAGAACGCAGCGCACAAGUCCGAAAAGUUUGGCGCCAUGGCGACGCGCACGCGACAGGAGUACCUGCGCGAUUUGGCGGAGCGGCACGUGACCAGCACACCCGUGGAGCCUGCUGGGAAGUUUCCCUUCAUCUCUCUGGCACAUAAGCGUCGAGAGAAGGUGCGCCCGUACAGUGGGGCGGAGCUGCGUAGUCUCGGGGCCAUAACUUGGCAGGUUCAUGCCGAAGAUCAGGUAGCAGGUGCUGAACGGGAAUGCCUAUUGGCCAUAUCAAAUGACUUCAUCAUCCUGCUGGAUCAGGAGGCCAAAGCAGUCGUGUUUAACUGCGCCACACGUGACAUCAUUGGUUGGUCGACGGGGAGCCCCGCCUCACUGAAGAUUUACUAUGAACGCGGAGAAAGUGUGUCACUUCGAUCCAUCAACAACAACACUGAGGACUUCGGAGAGGUUGUGAAAAGACUGGAGCUGUUGACCAAAGGCAGCCAGACCACAGAGAUGACUUUGCGCCGGAACGCUUUGGGCCAACUGGGCUUUCAUGUCAACUUUGAGGGCAUUGUAGCCGAAGUGGAGCCGUACGGCUACGCCUGGCAGGCUGGACUGAGGCAGGGCAGCCGACUGGUGGAGAUCUGCAAGGUGUCUGUGGCCUCGCUGUCCCAUGAGCAGAUGAUUGACCUGCUCAGAACCUCCGUCACCGUCAAGGUGGUUAUUAUUCCACCACAUGAGGACUCCACUCCUCGCAGAGGCUGCUCUGAAAUCUAUCAUAUGCCCCUUGUGGACUACAAGAACCACAAAGAGGGCAUGCCCUACGAGUUAAAGUUCCCUUUCCGGCCAACAAACAACAACGCCAAGUGGCCGCGCAGCUCAUCCAGCCCUCGCUCUGCCGCCUCAGGGGGGACUUUGAUCAAGGCGCCGCCCUCAGACUUCAGUGACCGCAACAGUGCCGCCAUUCCUCGCAGUGUGUCGAGCGACGGUCGGCCUCUCAACCCGAAAAGAUAUUCCCCAGGGAAUGACAACUACGCUCUAGCAUGCUCCAUAGUGAUGGGUCGCACGCUGCACAGCACAAACUCGCCCUCUAACCUCUCCUACACUGACACAAUGAGUUCAAACCAGUGGAGGCAGAAGUCUGUGCCUGAUGGGUUUAAUAACAACUCCCAGUCGCCUGUCACGUCUGUGCGGCAGGUGGCCGCUGAUGGAGUCAACGGAGUCAAGGUGUGUUCUGCUGUUGCAUGGUCCAGACCUGCGGACAGCGACAUCGCACUCAGGAUGGACAUCGGCAAACCUGGCUCAGAUACUGUAGUUUCAAAGGUUGUGAUUCCUCGGCUCCAGCAUUCAGAACAGAGCAGCCGCCUGUCUCCGAACAAAAACACCAAGGUCGAUGCACCGUAUUCGUCCAGCCAGUCAAGCAGCAACACCUUGUCCAGCAACGCCUCCAGCUCGGCGCACAGUGACGAGAAGUGGUACGAAGUCGGCUCUCGGUCCGGAGCGCGGAACGACCUGGAGCUCAACGGCUAUCUUCAGGGCACAUCCACUGACAGCGGCAUCGAUGCCACAUCUUUUACCGCCACCCAGAGCAGUACAGCCUCCUCCACUGGUGCCUUCAGAUCCAAGGAAAAAAUCCCUUGGCAGGAUGAGGUGGGAAGCUGCGAGAGAGCCUCCAGCACAUCGCCUCCAACACCAGACUCUCUUGUUCCCGCCGGAGGCAGUGAGAUAUCGGCGAAGAGCCCAACCGGCUUUACAGUGGCUCCUGAUGGCGCCGCAUACAGCAUGAGUGAUGCAGCGUCCCACUCCAGCACUAUUAGUUCUGGUCACUCAGAGAGUCCAACGGGACAGAACUGCAGCGCCUCGUCACCACAGAACGAAGCAGCCGCAGCAGACCUGUCACCCACAUCCCAGAAUCCCCAGUCCCCAGGGACCAAUAGCUUCUAUCCGCGUCAAGGAGCAACCUCGAAGUACCUGAUUGGUUGGAAGAAGCCUGGAGGAACCGUGAACUCUGUGGAUUUCAGCAGCACUCGCAAGCGUCAUCAGAGUGACGGUCUGCUCGGUGGUCAGCCCCAGCUCAGGGCCAAUCUCCGCGGCUCCCAGUCUCCCCAGCGCCAGACUGCCAAAUCCAGCCUGGAAGAAGACCUGAAGAAGCUGAUCACACUUGACAGCCCACCACCUACAACCAAUGAAGAGAAGCCGUUGUUCCCAGGCCCUCCUCCCAGCCGCCGCUCCCUUCAGAGGACACUGUCAGAUGAGAGUAUUUACAGCGGACAGAGGGAGUCCACCUCCAGUGGACAGUGUGACUCAUCCGCUGACCUUCUCUUCACCUGCUCCACCAUCCCACGCUCACCCACCGUCCGGCAUGGUCCAAGUCGCCGGGCAUCGCACAAAUCUCUUGGAGACUUGACCGCCCCAGAGAGCUCAGAGCUGGAGCAGGAGAGGAAGAAGCAGCAACUGCAGGAUCCUGCUCUGAUGCCCCUACCUGACACCGGAGCAGACGGCCCGCUGGACUGGGCUCACCUGGUGGACGCUGCCAAGGCAUUUGAGGAGCAGAGACUGGUUUUCCUUGCAGCCCAGGAGGAGAGCUCCACGGCUGAGAGCACAUCAGCUGCCAGCCCCCAGCAGGCCGAGCCUCAGGCAGCUCCACAGAGACAGCCCUCGCCCGGAGAGAUUCCGCCGUGUUUGAUGGGUAAGUUGAGCCAGUUAGAGUCCAUGGUGAAAGUGCUGCAGGAGGACCUGAAGAAGGAGAAAGAUGCCAAGGCUUCACUGCAAGUCCAGAUCCAAAGCCUGCGAGAGGACAACCAGCGUCUCCUGGAGGAAUCCUACAGCGCCUCAGCCAAGCUCAAGAAAUUCACAGAGUGGGUCUUCAACACCAUUGACAUGAACUGAUGCCCACAGAUGUCAACUGCUCUCCACUGGGAUGUUAACCACUACUGAAGCUGGUGUUUGUUUUCUACAUUGGUCUCCUUAUCAAACCAGCUCCAACAUUACUUUACAUGCUAUCCUACUGGAUCUGUAAAAAUAAUCCUGAAAACAGCUGAAGACUUAAAAAGAGGACAGAGAAAAUGAACAGUUUUUGUUAGAUUUUAUCGGCAUGCACUCCCCUCAUGGGAGUACAUACAAUUAUAUAAUGCUUUGGUGGCAUCCUUGCAUGUUAGAGAAGGAAAUGUUGAAACUAACCUAAAGGGAUAUAAAGCUUCGGACCCUGUUUACACUGCUGAUCAGAAGUUUACCUUCCUUCUCAAGAAAAUGGAAGUUUGGACAGUUCUUUUUCCUUUUCUACAAUAAAAACAUUGGAUUCUUGCUUUUAAAAUCCAUUGAAGUUGUCAUUAAUUAAAAUGAGAAAAAAACUGUUCAAAUACAUCAUCAAAAGUCCAAAAUCAAAAAAGCCUUCACAGUGAUGAUCUCUCUAUAAACUUCUGACCGGUACUGGUACCAGUUCUUCAGCUAACCUGAAUGAAGCUGAACUUGUUGACAGCUAUCAAGCUCUAAUAAAAUAAAAUAAAACAUCCUUUAAUUUUGGGCAGAUCCACAUGGACACUUUUGUAGAUUUAAAUGUUAUAGAUUUGUUGCUGUUUCUCAUCACCUUUUAUUUUUAUACCACUAACCAAAAUAAAAAUCCAAAUGAUAUUUUUUGAUGGUAGCAUGGCUAGGUAGACACAGCCCUUAUGUUAGCACACACUAAGCACUGUAAGGUGAAGGACCUUUCUGUGUGUAAACAACUGUGCAGGUAAAUUAAAGGCUGUUCAGUGAAAAUGAUCACAACAAGAAAGAAAUGUACAUUGUACAAACACAAUGGGUGCCAUAAAGAUGCAAAUAUACAAUUCAUAUGACUGUAAAUAUGUGAAGUCGGAGUUUUUUUUUUUCUUGCCCUUCUGUUAUAUAAUACAAACAUUAUUUAUGACAAAGAUGAUGGCCAAGAAGGAUGAGAUGUUAGAUAUCUGACAGUUUCCUGAGAAAAUGUGCAUCCUAUGUGACAAAUUCUUUAAUCCAAAAUACAAAUUAUUUUUAUGCUUUUUGAUGUAUAACAUUUGGUUGCCUUGCCUGCUGCAGUGGAUUAUUUGACAACAUGUAAAGCACUACAUGAAAUUGACCCUUUUGUCCAUCCAUAGCAUGUGAAAUGGCCUCAAUCUGACUCCCAGGGUAGAUUAAAUCGGUACUUGUUCGUGUAUAAUCACAUACUAAGAUAAAUCCUGAAAAUUUCAGCUACAGGUUUCUGCAAAAACCUGCUUGAAAUCCUGAUACAAAACUUGGUCCGUGGAUGACCAAAGCCCUUAUUUAAACCUCACGCUGUAACUGCUUCCUUUUGUAUUCAGACACUGUGCAACUGUAUAUAAGCAGAGUUUAAUAUUCAUCAAAAAUUUGCACCUUCAGUCUUAUUUUAUACUUUUAUUUUUCAUGUAAUUUUUGCUUAACUGAGUAGCAGAGAGAGAAAUGAGGGUUAUGCAAGAGGGAAAUAAGGGGUUUAAAGACUGAACAAUGCCUGCAAGCUGGACUCAGAAGAGUCUGAGAUCCCUGACAGAGCAGAUCACCCCUUUGCCUUCAUUCUUAACAUGUGUGACAGCAUGUGAUUAUGUUUCCAUUGAGCUGUGAUGUGUAAAAAAAAAAAAAGUUUCUAUCUAUUAAAGAUAUUUUGUUGAAUUACA